UAUCCGCCUACAAACUCAAGUGUGCUGUGUAUCUUUUAUCUCUCUCUCUCUCUCCCCUGUUUCUUAAAUCCUCUCAUCUCCUUUCUAGUACACCAAGAAAACCACUUGGUAUUCGUUUGGUUCUUUACCAAAAGCUUCUCUUCACUUCUUUAUCGGAGUAAGUGUGUGGAAAAGCAGUCUGUGUCUGUCAAGCAACGGUGGUGGUGGCAUAAGAAGGCAGUAGUGGUGGUGGUGAUUCUAAACAUUUUAUGCCUUUAUUCCCUCCCUUUUUUUUCCUCUCCGGUAAAGCUAUGAACUUUCUUUAAAAAAAAAACCCACUUUUGCUUCUUUCUAUUGCUGCCAUAGUUCUUGGUGUCUCCUCAGUCCUCACUGACCAUAUCUUCACGUUUCCGUACUCAUAUAUACCCCCCUAUCAACCCAGUUUCUUGUCUUUAGACCAUCUUCCUCCUUUUUCUUCCUUGUAACUUUCCUUGAAAUUUCCCGUCCUUCAAUAACCACAACAGGGUCUCUUUAUAUCCCACCUCCUACCCCUCUUUCUCUUUAUUCUCCUCGUGUCCAGUCUCAAAAGAAUCUCUCCCUCAUCUUUUAAGUCUUUCUAAUAUUUUUACACCCCCGUCCUUCACUAUAUACUCUCCGCUUCAUUUUCAAUGCGAAUCUGAUAGUAACCACUCGAGAAAAAGAGAAACCCAUCAAGAAAUGGAUCAUCCAGUCAAGUUUAGUGAGCAUAGAAACCAAACCAGACUCACAACCUCAUUUUUAUCGAAUCCAGUCCAACACUCUAAACCUCCAAAAAUUGUACGGAUAUCAGUAACAGACACUUAUGCAACUGACUCUUCAAGUGACGAAGAAAACGAGGUUGCAACAGUCUCUUCCCAUAAACGACAUGUCACAAGGGUCAAAAAGUUUGUCAAUGAAAUCUCUAUAGAGCCACCAUCAUCAUCAAGAAGUGCUGACUGUGUCCCACUCGACACGGUUUUGGGGACCAGACCGUCGAGGAGUGCUAGGAAGAAGGUUGGCGAUAAUGGGUCUCGGACGAGACGUUUUCCGUCGAAGGCAACGGCAACGGCGGUGGUGGGGAAGAAAUUUAGAGGGGUGAGACAAAGGCCGUGGGGGAAAUGGGCGGCUGAGAUUAGAGAUCCCUUGAGACGUGUACGGCUGUGGUUAGGCACUUAUGAUACUGCUGAAGAAGCUGCUAUGGUUUAUGACAACGCGGCUAUUCAGUUACGUGGACCCGACGCCCUCACCAACUUUAUCACUCCUCCGGCUAGGUGCUCACCGCUGGCAGCCACCUCCGGGUACAUCUCCGGUGACGAGUCAAAUAGUAACUAUAAUAUUAACAAUGACGGUGUUGUUAAUGUGAGCUCUCCAAUCUCAGUGCUCCGGUUUAGUGAAGAGGCCGAGACUCAAAGUGCCAGCUCAAUUAGAGAAAUCCGAGAUACCGGAAAUGAGGUUCCUGAAGUAAAAGAGGACUCUUGUUUAUCGGAGAACUUGUCCGAUUUUUCGGAGUAUUAUUCCUCGAUCGACAGUCUGUUUCCUCCCACAACCGACAUUUGUGAACUUCGGAGUUCAAUGAGGAGUAUUUUCGAGGAAACAAGUUUUGCCGAUGGUGGUUUUUUGAAAGAUGAUGAUUUCAGGGACAUGGAUUUGGAUUUCGGCUUCGGUUUAUCAAGUUGGAAUGUGCAAGACCAUUUUCAAGAUAUUGGUGAUUUGUUCGGGUCGGAUUCUCUUAUAGCUUUUUGAAGAUAAAUAAUGAUAAUAUGAUGAUGAACGACAGUUCUCGUAUCGGCAUUGCUUGUUUUCUGGCAUUGUCAAUUUUGUUUCGGCGAGAAGCAAAUAUCGGUCGUGUUUUUCCUGAUUGGCUUUUUUUAUUCGCUUUUAAUUUUUUUUUAUGUAAGAGGUAAUUAUGUUAAAUAUGAGUAUUGGUAAUAUAAAAAAAUUAAUCUUCGUCACAGUAACGGUGACGGUAGAGUUUGGCUA